AUGAUCACUUCGGAAAACGGGCCCGACAUGUCCGUCUCCACAAGAGGUGUCCUGCACAAGGUGCGGCAGAUGAUUCCCCCCAUGCUGGACACGUUCCAUAAAGGACAACUCGGACGAGUGGCCGUCAUUGGAGGGAGCCGGGACUAUACCGGAGCGCCGUACUUCGCCUCGGCGGCAAGUGCCAAGCUGGGCUGUGACAUGGCACACGUCAUCUGCACGCCGGCGGCGGCGGCUGUCAUCAAAACAUACUCGCCCAACCUCAUGGUCCACCCGCUCCUGCGCGAAUCUACCGACGACGAGGAGACCCUGCUCGACCCGGACAAGCUGUCGGCCGGAGUCAUCGAAAUGUUGCCCCGUCUACACGUCCUCGCCGUCGGGCCGGGACUGGGCCGCGACCCCCUCAUGCAUGGCACGGUAUCCCGCGUGAUCCGGGCUGCCAGGGCCAAGAAAAUGCCCGUUGUGAUGGACGCCGACGCUCUGCAAAUCGUCCAGAGCGAUCCCGACCUUGUGAGAGGCUACAAGGAGGUCAUCCUCACCCCCAACGUGGUGGAGUUCCAGCGACUUUGGGACUCGCUGGGCCUCAAGGACCCGGGUGCCGCCAAGGAGACGGACAAGGUCGAGUCGUUGGCGCGGGCUCUCGACGGCGUGACUAUUGUCCAGAAGGGACAGAAAGACUUGAUUUCCAACGGCGACGUCACGCUGGUCAACGACCUCGAGGGAGGCAGGAAGCGUAGCGGUGGACAGGGGGAUACGUUGACAGGAUCGGUGGCUACGUUUUUGGCUUGGAGAAAGGCGUAUCUGGAUGGGCUGUGGGAUGCGGGCCAGGCACUGGGCGAGGAUGAGUUGAUAGGGCUGGCGGCGUUUGGUGGGAGUGCUGUUACCAGGGCAAGUGUUCCUUUCCUUGCGUCUACGAGGCGGCAUGGAUCUUUCAGUUCAAGCAGCGGCUCGCCUGGCGUGCACCGGCUAUCUACUGCGGGACAUGGCUGCGAGUGCUCUCGUCUCGCCUUUCUCAAGAGGGGCCGGAGUCUUCAGGCAAGCGACCUCACCGAUGAAGUCCACAGCGCAUUCAUGGGCUUGUUCGGAGACGUCGAUGGUGACGCUGGGGCGUCGAAGCUCUAG